CGUGGUCUUACUGAUAUGUCAAUAUAUUCUCAAGAUGUUCUUCUAUCGGAUCCAUGUCAUACGGGUCUUUAUGUGCGUGGAAAGCACGUGUAUUUGGGAAUUGCUAACUUGUUAAGAUGGAGUUUAAUUUGGUAUUUCGACGAUUUGACGCUAGAAAUAGUAAAGAUUCAUGUAGCAGAUAAUAGUAUGGAGGAUAAAAAUGAUACCGGGAGUGAUAUUUUAUUUAAAGACAUUUCUAAUGACACUCACUUUAAAGAGUCAAGCUAUAAAUUACAACAUAAAGAUCGGGAUAAAAAUCUCAACAGCAUCCAUACAAUACCAUUAUUAUCCUUUUCCACCUCUACUAUACAAUCUUAUGAUAGAAAUAUUCGACUUUACGUUCGUUGGGAACUCGAAGGAACUCCCCGAUCUUCUUAUAUUGCUUCAAUGUUAUCUUCGCGUAGUACGCGAAUUCCACGCUCAUCUUUCUCUGGUAUUUUUGUUUAUAAAUUCUGUUCUAAAAACGGACUAGUGGCAGAACAUCAUGUAAAACAUAUAGUGCCUGCGCCAAGUCGUAGAGCAGUACUAUAUCAAGGGUUUGGUGGGCUUGGGGGAUUAAUGUGGCGACUUCGCAGCGGAUUAAGGCAGAAAAACGAGUGGGGAGUAGGUUUGGGAAUAGUUGAUGUUAAAAUUCCGAUAAAUGUAAAGUCUUCCAAAGAUAAAAAUGAAAAUCAUAACCUUGGCUUAGAAAAUUCAGACCAGACCCUUCAGGAAAGGGAGGAAGAUCUCGAGGAUGGCGGUGACUUAGACACCGAGGAGCUACUGGCUGCGAUGGCUGAGAAUUCCUCUGAUCAAUUUUCAGAAGUUCCUCCUGAGGAGAUAGAGGAUGAAGAACUUUUGUUAGAUGAUACAUUAUCACCGCUCGAGAAGAUAUUUCUAUAUGUGAAGAGCGAUUUGGUAUUCCAUAGAGUGUUCAUCGCAAAGGAACUGCCGUCUCUGAUAAAAGAUGUGGAAAUCAGCGAGGCUGUCGAAUAUGUAUUGCCUUUAAUGAAUUCAUUAGGAACAGAUCCUGAGGAUCAUGUGCGCGAAGCAUUUGCUCCUGAGUUAGAUAAAAUUAUAUGGUUUUAUUAUUCACAUUGCCCACUAAGAGAGAUUACAACAGAAAUUACGGCAGAUAAUAUCCAGAACGAUAAUACUUCAAC